AAGCUGAUCCGAGAUCAGAGAAUGAAAGCCCGCAUGGAAACACACAGACCGACCCUUCCAUGACAACCAGGAAACUGAAGUGGAAUACUAACCCCUUGUUCCUGCAACUAAUAAAUAGUCACAAUGUUUUAUGCAUAUAGUGUUUUAUUCUUCAUGUUACUUAGUAUUUGCUCUACUAAUGAUACGUUAAACAUAAAACCCGCCUCGAAACCGGUGCGUUUGUUCACCGAGGAAGAGUUGAAAAGAUACGAUGGGAGCGAGGACGGCCAACCAAUCUACAUGGCCAUUAAAGGAGUUGUGUUUGACGUCACAACUGGAAAAGAGUUUUAUGGCAAGGGUGCACCCUAUAAUGCCCUUGUGGGCAAGGACUCAUCCAGAGCUGUCGCCAAAAUGUCCCUUGACCCAGCAGAUCUCACACAUGAUACUACCGGCCUUACAGAGAACCAACUAAUGUCCCUUGAGCAGAUAUUCACAGGCACAUACAAAACAAAGUACCCAAUCGUGGGAUACACCAGCAGACGCAUUCUCAAUGAAGACGGCAGCCCCAAUAAAGACUUUAAACCUGAAGAUCAACCUAAUUUUAGCAUUAAAGAUGAAUUUUGAUUCUAAGACUUAAACUUAGUACAACAGAAAUUGACUUGAUGAUAAAACAACCUAACAACAUAAUGCAAUUCUCAAUCCAUAUCAUAAUUGUUUGUGACCUCUCACUGUAUUCUAAGUGGGCAGGUGUUGAUUUGGUGUUGCCUGGUGGUCUUACAGCCCACAACCUAGAAAACACUAUGAUGCAUACUAUCCCACGUGGGGUUUUUUCCCUGGUGGGCUGGCUUGAAAGUCAUUCAAAUGAGGUCACCUACAGGUGUGAUUUAAAAAAAAAAAAAAAAAAAUAGUUGACUUGUUGGGUGUUUUUACAUUAUUGUUGUAAGAAAUUACAUUUAAAUGGUGAAAAACGUGUCUAUGAUUGUAAACAUGCAUUAAAUAACUUGGUUCCUUUCACUGUACACAAGGGGAAAGUUUGGUGAUUCGCAUCAGUUACAUUGCUUUGUGGUCAUUCGUGUUAUAUAUUAAGAAGUUAAGUAUUGAUGUUUGUCAUUGCUCAACAACAUGUUUUACUCAAACACCUUCUCAGUCAUAAUUAUAGUGUUUGUGUCUAUUUUCUAAGAUAUGUCUUUGAUGACCAGAAAUGUAUCACACCACUCUGAGAUGUUUGUCUAUGUGACUUUGCUUGUUGUAUUGUAAUAUUACAAAAAAAUAUAUAAAAAUAAAAUAAAAAUA